CGAGGGGGUGGGGCCUGGGCCGGCCUUGGGGACCCGGAAUGGGGCCUGUGGUCGGACCCGGGGCGGGACGCGGCUUCCUGCCGAGACUGGUCGGGCGGGACCGAGGUUAACACAGAAGUCAGCCUCCUGGGCCAUGCCGGUUCUAAGGCCUGUUUCUCCUCACGAACCCCAGCAGAAGACAGAUGGGCCAGUCUUCACAGUGGAUGACCUCCCCUCACUGAGCAAGAGAUGGGAUAGUACCUGGGCUCUGCCUAUCACCAGAAUCUGGGCUUAAUAAGCCAGCUGAAUGAAGGGCUAUAACAGACGCCUGGGAGGGACACUGAAGCCUGCCGAGGGGGGGGAGGGGUCUGGACAUACCCCUUCCCCCCCAGACUCCUCCCCCUCAGAGUACACUCAGCCAUGGACUUUGGACUCGGAUAAGAGGAGAGAAGCUGCACUUUGUUUGGUGUCUCUGGUUUGGGAUUCUCAGUUUUGGAAAUGGAGUGCUGGAUGGGGUUUGAUGAUCUCCAGGGGAGCAGCUAAGAGAAGAGAAGAAAGGUGCAUGCUGCUUCCUAAUCCCAAAGCCCAGAGGACACAUCCCUAGAACGGUGGGCGUGAGACCGGCCAGCAGGGCAGCUUGAGCGCCCCCCUCGUGGCUCCCCGCGGGGGCCAGGAUGCUGAAGAAGCAGUCUGCAGGUCUUGUGCUGUGGGGCGCCAUCCUCUUUGUGGCCUGGAACGCCCUGCUGCUGCUCUUCUUCUGGACGCGCCCUGUGCCCAGCAGGCUGCCCUCAGACAGCGCUCUGGAUGACGACCCCACCAGGCUCACCCGCGAGGUGAUCCGCCUGGCCGAGGACACCGAGGUGGAGCUGGAGCGGCAGCGGGGGCUGCUGCAGCAGAUCUGGGAGUACUCUGUGCGGCGUGGCCAGCGGUGGAGGGGGCCCACUGCGGUCCCACCUGUGCCGCCACGAGGGCCUGUGACCUUGCCGCCAGCCGUGAUCCCCGUCCUGGUCAUCGCCUGUGACCGCAGCACUGUCCGGCGCUGUCUGGACAAGCUGCUGCACUAUCGGCCCUCGGCUGAGCGCUUCCCCAUCAUCGUCAGCCAGGACUGUGGGCACGAGGAGACAGCUCAGGUUAUAGCCUCCUAUGGCAGCGCCAUUACACACAUCCGACAGCCCGACCUGAGUACGAUCGCGGUGCCACCCGACCACCGCAAGUUCCAGGGCUACUACAAGAUCGCGCGCCACUACCGCUGGGCGCUGGGCCAGGUCUUCCACAAGUUCAAGUUCCCCGCGGUGGUGGUGGUAGAGGAUGACCUGGAGGUGGCCCCGGACUUCUUCGAGUACUUCCAGGCCACAUACCCGCUGCUGAGGGCUGACUCCUCCCUGUGGUGUGUGUCCGCCUGGAAUGACAACGGCAAGGAGCAGAUGGUGGACUCGAGCAAGCCGGAGCUGCUCUACCGCACCGACUUCUUCCCCGGCCUGGGCUGGCUGCUGCUGGCCGAGCUGUGGGCCGAGCUGGAGCCCAAGUGGCCCAAGGCUUUCUGGGACGACUGGAUGCGGCGGCCUGAGCAGCGGCAGGGCCGGGCCUGCCUGCGGCCCGAGAUCUCCAGAACCAUGACCUUCGGCCGCAAGGGGGUGAGCCACGGGCAGUUUUUUGACCAGCAUCUCAAGUUCAUCAAGCUGAACCAGCACUUUGUGCCCUUCACCCAGCUGAAUCUGUCGUACCUGCGGCAGGAGGCCUAUGACAGGGAUUUCCUUGCCCGCGUCUAUGGCGCCCCUCUGUUGCAGGUGGAGAAAGUGAGGACCAGUGAGCGGAAUGAACUGGGGGAGGUGCGGGUGCAGUACACCAGCAGGGACAGCUUCAAAGCCUUUGCCAAGGCCCUAGGAGUCAUGGAUGACCUCAAGUCGGGGGUCCCGAGGGCCGGCUACAGGGGCAUCGUCAGCUUUCUGUUCCGGGGCCGCCGUGUCCACCUGGCACCCCCGCAAACCUGGGAGGGCUACGAUCCUAGCUGGAAUUAGCGCUGCCUGUCUCUCCCGGCCCUUGCCUUGCCACGUCACAUGCUGAGACAGACUGCGGGUCCUGGCUGCACCCUCCUCUCUGUGUCUCUCUUGGGUCCAUUUAUCUUUUUAUUUUAUUUUAUUUUAUUUUAUUUUUGAGUGGCAUUCGAGUGCACAGAUGAGAAGGUGAAGAUGAUUCGCCCAUUCUUGAGAGGUUCAAAUCAGGGGAAACUUUCUGGGGUACGUUGGGGGGUACUGAGCAAGAAGUCAUGUGUGGUAGGCAGAGACUGGGCUCGUUGGGGCCACAAGCUUGUAUGUGCCAACUUUUCUCCUGGGGCGUCUGCAGAGAGGCUGGCAACGGGAGUUCUCUUGCCCAGGCCUCUGUUCCCUGUCCUGGCUCUCACAGCCAGUAUGGGCCCUUCUCUUGUGCCUGACCCCGUCCCCCUUUGGAGCGGGAGCUGGGUCCGGUGAGAAGAGAACAGACAGAUUUGUGGCCAGAACGAGACCAAGCAAAGGGGUUUCGUCACCUAGGUCUGGGCGGAGUUUGUUAGGUUGUCAGGGUUUAUGCCUCCCGCCUCUUUCCCCCUUUUCCUCUCUCCUUAUCACAGCUCUUCUUCCCCUGCAGCCUAACAGUUAUGAUUCUAAGAUGGAAAAUUGAAGGGGAAAAGUAAGACCUCCUCCGCUCAUCCCUGGCAGUGGGGGAAGGGAUGGGGGAAGCUUGGUGUGAGGGGCACCCUCUCUUAUCCUGCCUCAAAGAAACAAGCUGCCCCUCAGCCCCUCCUUUCUGCAAGCGGGUCCUUUCCUGUCGUUCCAGGAGGGCUCUGAGCUGGCUUGGUGGGAGGGAGGUCAGCUCCUGUGUUGCUUUCCCCCUGGGGUUUGCUGCACAGGCCCCUCCCUGAGCCCUUGGCUUUUAGAGGUCCCCUCAGUGUGAGGCAAAGCAGCCAGGACAGGAUGACCCAGACAUCCCUCCUUCCUGCCCCCCUCCCCCCCCCGCCCCCAACACCCUGUAUCUGUUCAGGUUAGGAUGCAGAUGGGGCUUGGAGAGCAAUGUCUGUGCUUUUGUUUCUUGCCCGACCUCAGUUCAUGGAAGAAAGUUGAAGCUGCAGAAUUAUUUUCAAAAAUAAAAGGCUGAAUUGUCUGAAAAACGUGUGUGUGUGUCCUGG